GCCGCUUAGUGUCUAGCCAUUUCUCGCCGUGCGCACCUCUCGUUUCGAAAUUACGACUGAAGGGUGGCGUUGGAAUCUGACACAUUACGCGCAUUAACCCAGACCACCAACAAAUCAUCGCCUAUCAUGUGAACCACGGCGCCGAUCAUGACUAAACACGAACCUCCACGCGCCAACCUCCAACCGGUCAGCCGAUGCUGCGCGCCGACUUGCACCAACAGUUCGGACAAUACGAGCGGCGUGUCUUUUUUCCGAUUCCCCAAAGACGAAGAGAGAUGCAGAAAGUGGGUGGCCAACUGCGGACGGCUCGACUUGCGAGACAAGCCAGCCGAGAAGCUGUUCGCCAACUACCGGCUGUGCUCGACCCAUUUUACAAAGCAGAACUUCAGCAGCACCUACCGCAACCAGCUAGUGUGGAACGCGGUCCCCACUCUGUUUAAGCACGGAGACCAAGUUGUGUCCAAGGGCGCCAACAAGCAGAAGUUGCUGCCCAAUAAAAGCCAGAAAAAGUUUCGGCGUUUCUUUGGCUUUGCAAGUAAGCGUCGGACGUCGGUUCAACGACGGCCAAACCCUGUCGUACAAACAACGGCCGCCAGCCCUCAGAAGGUGGCUGUCAAGCAGAGGCCUGCUUCAAGUGCUUCUGUUCAAGAGGAGACCCUCGGCGAGCAGCGAGUAGCUGAAGUGGAAGACCCGCCUCGUUUUCCCGACCACAUCGAGGACCACAUGUAUGCCGUUCCCACGGUGCACCUUCCUGACGACUUGGCUCAGAAGACAUCUGCUGCAUCACCGAGGUUCACAAGCUUCAAGUUUGACCCCGAGGACCAGAAUCGUAUCGUGAUGAACGUCGUGGAUGCCGAGGAUCCCGUUGCUCUCAAGGCUGCCAUGGAGGCAGUGGAAGCGGCGCUCCCGCUCUUGCAGCUCAGUCAGCAGCCACCGCUCGUCCAGCAGUCACACAUCAGCAGUGGGGCGAUGACUGGGCCGACCAUCACCUACGUCACCGUGCCUGCCUCUUCCCCCUCUGCGGUGGCGGGCAGCGGCGGGGGCGAGACCUUUGUAGUUGGGAGUGGGCCCGUUGAUUCCGUGCCUGCGGGGACGACGUUCACCGUGACCAUGCAGGAUCCCAAUUCGACGGAAGUGACCGUCUACCCGCCGUACCCCAAUGAUGGCUUGGAUGACGAGUACAUCGACGAUGAUUCGCAGGACUACCUGCCGCCGUUAUCGGAGCCGGUAGCUCGCACCGGUCGGCAUCACAAGUCUCGGAAGGGACCUCGACUGAUGCAGGACUUUCUGCUUCCCCAUCUUGACGACGGUACAUUUGGUAACCGCUUGAAGUGGGUCGACCGUGAGAGGGGCAUCUUCCAGAUCGGCUGGUACCACAAGAACGCAGCUCAGUGGACAAAUGAUGACUGCGUUGUGUUCUUGGAAUGGGACAAACUGAAGAAGCGGCCUGUUGCCCAAAGUCCACACUACUGGAUGGAGGCCAAGCAGCGCUUCCGGGCUGCCCUGGGUAAAGUGUCGUAUGGAUGGACGCCACCCAAUCGCGACGAGUACAAGAACGUCAAGCUGCGGAAGAUAAAGUGGACAGAGGACUUGCAGCCACCGCGGAGCUUGCACUGGAAGUCUUGGAACGGGCCCGUAGUGGCACCUGCAGGGCGGGUCCACCGGCCAACGAUCAGCCGCGUGGAGAAGCUGACUUCAGCGUUCGCCGCGGAAGACUUGGAGGAAGAGGAGGAUGUGGACGGCACCGCAAUUGGCGAAGUGGCGGUGUGCCACCGGUGCGGCUACGUGACGCGCAACCAGCGAGUGUUCCUGCGCCACCGGAUGAUGCACCGCGACGUGCGGGCCUUUGGCUGCAGAUACUGCCCCGCCCGGUUUUGCCUGCCGGAGAGCCUCUUCCUGCAUCUGCAGGUGCACACGGAGAGCCACCCGUACACGUGCUCGAGCUGCGGCGUACGCACGCGUCUGCUGCUCCAGCUGUGGCGUCACGAGCUGCGCAGCCUUGCUCAACGUCUCUGCCUGUGCCACCGCUGCGGCCUCAUCUGCCACAUCCGUGAAAACCUCCGCCAGCACCUGCUCAAGGUGCACAAAGUGAGUGUGUCGACCGCGUUUGACACCAAGCCCUUCCAGGUGUGCCCUGGUCCCCUCAACACCAUCAGCGUCGGAACGGCCACCAAUGGCAAGGCCUCUUCCUCCUCCGUUUCUGCGCAGCAGCCGACAGCAUUGGCCGGCGGAAAGCCAGCUAAAUGCUCGGCAAAGACACCAGGCAAGCCAAAGAUGGUUAAGGCAGCGCGAGCGCCGGCGCAACAGAAGCCAGGGAAGCCGGGUCGGAAGAAGCAAGUCGAGAUGGCCGCUGCUGCCAAGCCACUGAAAUCUGCUGUCAAAACCAAAUCCGGAGUUGGGCGAGGGAGAAUCGCCAAGCCGAAGGUACCACGGCUUCCGGCGGCGGUAGUCUCAAAGUUGAAAUCGGUGGAAGGGAAGUCAUCCAUGGGUGCGCCAAGUGCGAAAAAGGUUAAAAAGGAGGAGAAAGAAAGCAAGUUGGGCAUUCCAAAAGCUGGCGGUGCACCCAAUGGCACAUCAAGCCACUUGCCAAAGGUGCAGCAAGGGUGUAAGUUGGAAUCGGAACUCUCGGCACUCGGCGACACCGUGCACACGGCAAGAAAGUCUGCUCCCAAGAUGGUCGCUGGCGUGGCGACAAUGGUAGCAUUUCAGACACCAUCGGGAGAGGUGAGGCUCGAGGCGGCGGCAUUGGAUGCAGCCCCCGCGGAGCAGGGGAGACGGAAAACUCAGCGCAUUCGCAUUCCCAAGCGCAAGAUUUCUGUCUGAGUCGCUGGCUUCUAAACCUGGUGGGGCAGCUGCUCUGUCGGUCUUUUGUAAGCCAGUUUAAAGAAUGUUUGUACCUUUUGUAAUGCCUGCUUUGCGACUGUCCCAAGCCUGGUCAAAAUCACACGCUCACCACAUACCGAGUCCGCGAGAAAGAAUAUAUUUAUGAGCACAGGGCACAAAUGCAAUUUCAGUUACCUAUAUAGUUGCUCAAAACUGUGGCUCUCAAUAGUGUGCCAGUUAGGCACUCCUAACCUGAACGUGGGGCCAUGCAGAGAAAAGAUCAACUUUCCCUAACACAGAAAGCUGUGUGAAUUCUCAUAAUUCCACUUCUCUUACAUAUUUGUACGUAGAAUUAAGUGAAAUUGAUGCAAGAACCAUAUAAUUUUCAUGCAAAUAAUAUGGAAUACAUAUGGAAUUAUGACAUUGUAUGCGGAAUUUUUUCAGUACAUGUUUGUCCCGGCUUUAGCUGAUGACAGCUUCUUAAAUGAAGCAAGCUUCAAGAAGAGUCAUGCUUGGCUGAUAAGCUUCAGAAGUUUUCGUGAAUGUGUUCUGGGAUUCUUCGAUGUUGCAAGCAAGAGAGAGAGCUGGGAGAGUCAUUUCCUAAUGAGUUAUGAGCAUACUUAUGUCAGGCUUUUUAGUCGGCAUGUCAUCACUGGUAAUUAGUAUGCAUGUGCACACCUCCAAGAACUUUCAUCAUACUGACACACCCAUCAGAUGAACAUGAUUCCUGUCAGUUAACUUCUUGAGUCCCCCCCCCUAUCUAUCUUUAUUGUCGUGUGGAGGUGCCUUGAGAUCCAUUCUUGAGCACUUUUCAACGAAGUUUCUGUUGCGUUUUGUUUUCAAAAUGAUGAGUCAUCAACGUUUUUCUCUUGUAAUUUCAUUGUGUGCGCGUGGAUUUCUACGUAUGUUGCGCCAAGUGAUACAGAUUUACGUCUAGCACUGUGCCUGCAUAAAAGAAUAUAAAAUGUAGGCUAUAGCCUAUAGAAUAUGAAUGUGAACUAAACAAACACAUACAAAGACUGUAUGGAGUUAGUAUAUUAUUGCGUGAUGUCGAGCAGCAAUUACACAUAAUAGCCACAUUUUGACUUGCAACUAAGAAAUUCUCUAAGUUGAACCAGAGUUCCUGGUAUGUCAUUCAUUUGUUCUUCAGUCUUUCCCACAUUUACCAUUAUGCAAUAACCACAAACAUGUGGCACAACCUUUAUUGAUUCAGGAAUGCAAGCAAUUGAAGAAAGUGCGAGCUUAUCUGUCUUAUUUCAUCCAGAUUCAUAAAUAUAUAUAUAUAUUUGUACAGGGUGUCCCACAUAACUUGAGCCAAGAAUUUAAAAACGAAAGGCGCAUCAGAAACGUUUUGAACUGAAUGCAUAUUAUUUGCAAUAGCAUAUAGUGACUCAGGCAAUUUUUUGUUUUCCCAACUCCUUAGUUAUUGGCUGGGGACCCCAGGUAUAACUGGGGCUGGGGACCCCAAGUUGCGUAAUUAAACUUAAUUAAUUAGUGACCUAUGGGGAAAACAAAAAAGUGCCUGAGUUACUAUAGGCUCUAGUGAAUAGUAUGCGUUUGGUUGAAUUCGCUUCCGACGCACCUUUCAUUUUUAAAUUAUUGGCUCAAGUUAUGUGGGUCACCCUGUAUAUUCAUACCACAAUUGCUUGUUCUCAAGCUAUGUUUGCAUAUGUGUUUGGCCUUGUAAGCUGCAGUUUUUCUAGUGCGACAAAUAUAGCUGCUUUCUCAUUCUUUGAUUUCAUCAAUGGAACCGUGGCCCGUGCCAAAAAGGAUGAUUGCAAGUCCUCAUGCCCCAACGUGUAUGGCUUGCACAUUGCACAAUGGAUAGCACAGAAUUAACUUUUGGUUAUUGUUGUUUCAUUUCUGCUUGACACGGCUCUUGUCAACACUGCUGACUCAUUGUGGUAAAUAAAAACUUGUUUCAUUGC